CCUACUACAUUGACUGCUAUGGUUGUGUUCGUUUCUGCAAUUUGUUGUGAAUUAAACCGAUAUCUGACAUUUUAUUUUAUGACAGUUUCAGUUUUUUAUACAUAAAACACUCAUUAUUUAUAUUGUUUAAAUUUGGUAGUUUAAACUCAGUUUUAUCUUGUUUAUUCCUUUUCUUGUUUCCUUAUAUACCUUUUUAAAAUAAUCUUUCCAAAGGAAAAUUCAUUUUUUGAAAUGCAGGAUGUAUCAGCUACGACGACCGAGCAAACGGAUAUAUAUUCACAUAAAUUAGCAAAAGCACACACGAUUAUUAACUAAUGCAGGUGGCAUGUGUAACUAACUGUGCAUUUACUGCCAUUCGCAAGCAUAAGAGGAAAUAUGAACAAAUGCAACAGUUACACGCAAAUAAUAAAAAAGACAACUACUCCCAGUUUUGUUUUUUUUGCUGUAAAUAAUAGUAGAUAUGUAUCUUAAUUAGUUACACCCUUCAGCCAGUAAUCACAAAAAUAGAUUUAAAAAUGUUCUACUUUUCCUCCAUCAACAAUUGAGGGCAUUUGAAUCUUAUACUAUUCCCGCGUCAACAGUUCAAGGCAUUUGUUGAUAUUUUGUUCUGCCAUGCUUCUGGAUUCGCGGAAGCGGAAAAGCUGAGUCUUUUUACGAAGUGCUGCAGAUUACAGAGGCUCUCCCGUGUCCCUUGUGAGCAGUGCCAAGAAAGGGGAUCGGUCGCCUGGGCAAAAGCAUCAAGGUAACAGCGCGACAGGCAGCUCAAGUGGCGUUUCCAAAAAGGAUGAAGUGCUUGCUGAUCGCUAGUGAGAGUGCAGAAGUUCUCUUCUAUUGGGCUGACCCAGACUUCCAGCAGAGCAUUCGGAAUCAAUAUGAAGGGUCCCAGGAAGAAGGAGGCAGGCCUCCAGCUUUCGAAGACAGCAUCAACACUUUGUUUGCCCCCAUCAUCAUCUCCUGUAGCACCAUGAUCGACAGGAUGGGAGACAGCUACACCUCGUUCAGCACCGAGGAUCAGCACGUCUACGUUCUCCGUCAGUUUGAAGACUGUCUGUACAUUGCUGUAAAUGGGGACGGUGAGGAGUCCGAGGAAGACCUGAAGAGGAAGAUUUAUGUGAUGAAGAAACUGACGGAGGUUCACUUUGGGAUGGUGACACUUAGCAGUCCCCUGCUGAGGAGAGAACUCCGACCCCAUGAUACAGAUCAAAGAAAUCGCCUGUGGAGGAAGUUUCAGAGCCUCCUGGGGACCUACAGUCGGCUGCGAGAGCAGGACCAGAGCUUCCUGGUGGAGGCUGUGGAGAGGCUGGUCCAGCCCACGCUUUGUGAACAGUGCAUCGAGUUCCUGGAGCGUCGGCUGGUACAGACGAUCAACAGCAGCGCGGAGCGAGCGGGGGAGGAAGCCCUGCACGCCUUCAUCCUGGUGCACACCAAGCUUCUGGCCUUCUACUCUAGCCGCAGUGCCAGCCCUCUCACGUCCUCGGACCUGCUGGCCUUGAUUCUGAUGGUGCAGAACCAGUAUCCCAGCAACAGUGACCUAGAUGACAUGAGCCCAGAAGACAUUCCGAACAGUUCAGCACCUGAUGUGUUCUACACUCCAGAGCCAUCCCCCACUGGCAGGCAAUCUGGUGCAGAACAGGCCUGCGUUCCUGUCUUUCAAUUUGUCGACCCUGACAUUCAGGUAGCAGAGGACAGCUUACAGGCCUUAGAAGCGCCACCUAUGGACCCUGCUAUGCCUUCUAGAGUCUUCCUUGAAGCUACUUUGAAAGACGGCUUUUGUCCCAUGAUGCCGCACUCUAUGUACUGCCUGCCUCUGUGGCCUGGUAUCACACUGGUGCUGCUGACAAAGAUCCACAACUGCCAGGUGGCUGUGUCAGUCUACUACUUCCUGAACUGCUUCACUCAGCUGGAGAGGAAGCUGAGUGACCUGCAGUUUGGAGCGGCUCUUCCCCGCAGCCAGCACUCCUUGCAUGACCUCCGCAGCAAGAUGGACAAGUUUGUGCGAGCCCUGGGCAGCAGCAGCAGCAUGCAGCAUACGUGGAAUGAUUUCAAAAAUAAGGUUUUCUCCAGAGGUGGACCAAGAGUUAGUAAAGAACUACUUCCCCAUUGCCGGAAUAUGAAGACCCAGCUGUGUAACCUGUACAGGCAGUGCUUUGUAGCAGAUGGGCCUAGGGACUGCCAGCGCCUGGCCCCCAGUCUGCAGGAGCGAGCCCGGCUCCUGGUGCAAGAGCAGCUCCUGGACUGGAAGGAUUUCCUGCUGGUGAAGAGCAGAAGGAACGUCACUAUGGUGUCGUAUCUGGAGGAGUUCCCCGGCAUGGUCCACUUCAUCUAUGUGGACCGCACGACAGGCCAGAUGAUCGCACCGUCCCUUAGUGUUACGGACCAUUCCAUUUCAGAGUUGGGAACGGGGCCAUUGGCACGCUUUAUUAAAAGCAAGGUGUGGAGCUGCGUGGGAACUGCACGGCACUACCUGCAAAAGGGCUACACCACUGUCACCUUCAGGGACGGUGACUAUUACUGCUGCUACUUCCUGUGGGUGGAAAGUGAGACGGGUUACAAGCUGGAGGUGGUCGACCCCCCGGUCCUGUCAGAUGACUCUGCCCCCGUAGGGAUGCUAGCCUGGGAUUACUACAGGAAACUACUGAGGUACUACACUAAGAACCAUCAGACAGAGGUAGUCAAGUGCUAUGAGCUGUUGACCAUCCACCUGGGCGUCAUCCCCAGCGAGUGCAUCCUCCAGCACUGCUACCAGCUGGCCUGUAAGCUGUGGGAGCCGUCCCGCAUCCCGCUGCUGUGAGAGCCACCGGGGGAAGCGGGGUGCGUCAUUGAGAGCUCCAGGGGACAGCUUCAUGAGCCGAAGCAACCUGCAGUCUUUAAUAGAGAAGAGCCUCAGAUCCUCCGCACUAGGAAGGCAAGGCAGGCAGCCUCAGACACAGCGCCUCCUGGAGGUCAUCGACAGAAUGACAGAGCUACGGACAAAAUUAAAGAAGUCCCGCUUGCUUAGUCCUUCAUGUGCACUGUUUUAUUAGACAAAAUGCGGGAUUUUUGUGUUUGCACUCUCCACAUGUGCUGCGAUGGAGCAUUGCGUUGCUGUGCCGAUACUUCUCAGCUACUCCUUCCCCAACACACACACAGACACUGUUUCCCGGACUCCGUCCCCUUUUUCAUGUCACAGUGCUUAUAAGCAGACCCGCUGCCAUCUUCAAAGGACCUCCAUCUCUGCUCUGACUAUACUUCCUUCUUGAAUUCUCUCCUGCUGUAAACAGAUGUCACAUGAACCCAGAAAUAAGCUGUCCUUAAUACUCUUCCAUUCAUACAACCAUCUAUUCACACAGGACUUGUCCUUGGGUCUGACUUAUUUGUUGACCAGAAGCUCUUGGAUGGGUGCAGUCCAGGCUUUAAAUAAAGGGCCCCUUGUCCAC